GUUUGGCCUUUGUCGGGCUCCGUACGCAGCUCUGAAGGAAGGAAAGAGGAAGCGGUGAGCGGGGACGCCCUGGGAGCAUGGAGCCGCUUCGUGUGUGCGGGUGACCGGAGCGCGCCCACCUCCUCUGAUGUCAUGGCCACGUCAUCCGAAGAAGUGUUACUCAUCGUGAAAAAGGUGCGUCAGAAGAAGCAGGAUGGGGCUCUCUACCUCAUGGCGGAAAGGGUCGCCUGGGCGCCCGAAGGCAAGGACAGGUUCACCGUGAGCCACAUGUACGGAGAUAUUAAGUGUCAGAAAAUUAGCCCUGAUGGCAAAGCUAAAGUCCAGCUGCAGCUCGUCCUCCACGCGGGAGAAACCACGAAUUUCCAUUUCUCAAACGAAAGCACAGCAAUCAAAGAGCGGGACGCCGUCAAAGAGCUUCUGCAGCAACUGCUCCCCAAAUUUAAGAGGAAAGCCAACAAGGAGCUAGAAGAAAAAAACAGGAUGCUGAAGGAGGAUCCUGUCUUAUUCCAACUCUACAAGGACCUUGUGGUGAGUCAGGUGAUCAGCGCCGAGGAGUUUUGGGCCAAUCGGCUGAGCCUGAACUCGCUGGACAGCUCCGUUUCCAGCAACAAACAAGAAGUGGGCAUCUCGGCAGCUUUCCUGGCAGACGUGCGUCCUCAGUCUGAUGGUUGCAACGGCUUGAGGUAUAACCUGACGUCUGAUAUCAUAGAAUCCAUAUUCCGGACGUACCCUGCAGUGAAGUUGAAGUACGCAGAGAACGUGCCGCACAACAUGACGGAGAAAGAGUUCUGGACGCGCUUUUUCCAGUCCCACUAUUUUCACCGAGAUCGCCUAAACACCGGAGCUAAAGACCUGUUUGCCGAGUGUGCCAAAAUGGAUGAGAAAGGUUUGAAGUCCAUCGUCUCCCAAGGAGUGAGGAACCCGAUGCUCGAUUUGAUGUCUCUGGACGAUAAGUGUUUAGAUGAGGGCUACGGGGUUUCGUCUUUGCCGUCGACAUCAAACUUCAGAUCCAUAAAGGAAAACAGCAACGCUGCCAUCAUUAAACGCUACAAUCACCACAGUGCCCGGGUGCUGGCGGCGGGACUCCGAAAAGAAGAAGCACAAAAUGACCAGAACAGCGAGACGAGCAGCACGGACGGGAACUCCCGCGAUUCCGACUUCUUCCAACCCCCGGUCAAAAAGGUGAAGUUACAUGAGGCCAUAGAGUAUGAAGAUUUAGGGCACAAUAACGGCGUAAAACCCAUUUCUCUGAAUCUUAAGAAGUCGGAUAGGUAUUGCCACGGUCCGACGCCGGUUCAGUCCCAGCAAUAUGCAACCAGCCAGGAUAUUAUUAAUUCUCUACACGGUAUUAAAAUGCAAAUGGAAAGCUACGUCCCAAGACUAACUCAGGUUCUUUCUAGCAGUGCUGCCAGCAGUACGAUAUCAGCUCUGUCGCCCGGCGGGGCUUUGAUGCAAGGUGCGACUCAGCAAGCCAUAAAUCAAUUGGUGCCGAGCGACAUCCAGUCUGAGCUGAAGCAUCUGUACGUGGCCGUGGGCGAGCUGCUUCGCCAUUUCUGGUCGUGCUUCCCUGUAAAUACUCCGUUCUUAGACGAAAAGGUUAUCAAGAUGAAGAGUAACUUGGAGAGGUUCCAGGUCACUAAACUGUGUCCGUUCCAGGAGAAAGUCCGAAAGCAGUACCUGAGCACAAACAUAACAAGUCACUUAGAAGAAAUGCUACAGACCGCCUACAACAAGUUCCACACGUGGCAGUCCAGGCGCAUGCUUAAAAAGACGUGAAGGCUCCCCCCGCGAGCGCUAAAAACAAGAACUCGCAAAAUGCAUAGAUUUUUAAAAAACAAAAAUGUAAAAAAAAAAAAAAACUAAAAACCUGGCCGGCGGGCAAAGGGCACGGAGCGUUCCCAGGAGCUACGCGGCGCUGGCGUCCGGCGCGGCCCUCGAGCCCAGCAAGCAAAAGCUGCAACAGGAGCCGAAACACAACGCAGCCCUGGGGCCAAGAAGAAGACGGAGAACGUCGGGUCAGCUCGGUGCGGCCGCUCUGCAGACGUUUAAAAACAAAACAAAAAAAA